AUGUCUUCAUCACUCUAUCAUCCGAGGCCUGUGCUGUCCUCACAACGCUAUACACCUUCACCAGACUACCUUCAAGAUGCUCGACGAACAUAUCACAACAACAGCCGCCUACCUCUACGUGAACAGGCCGGCAAUGCGCAGUCACACAACUUCAACAGCAUGGUAUCAUGCUAUCCCAACACAGUAGGCAUCCCGCCUUCGGUACCAGUCAGCCUCCCAGCUCCCAUGAUCCCCUCACAAUCAUUCGAGUGCCUGUACCGGGUACCUACACCCAGAAACCAACCCCGAUAUCAGAGAAGACCCAGGAAUGGUGUCAACCCUCUAUACUUCUGGCCUGCCUUCCGCCAGUACCGCAACCGACAAGCACACAAAGACACCCAGAAGGACAAGGGCGGUGUUUGGAGAAGACCAGAGCUUGAGGAUGCUUUUGUUGACUCUGUUCUUCUCAUGCCUCACAUGGGUCGCCGCAAGUUCUCUAUGGGCGGCAAGCUCCAUGGUCGAAACAUGCUCAUCAGCGAGUACAUCUUCACAAUCUGCGUUGCUAUCCUUGGCAGCAAAGAGAUUUUCCGAAUCGACAACAGCAACGACAGCAUUGAGCAAAUGGGACGCAAGCAGGUCUCAAGUCAUAUGCAAGUGGUCAAGAAGUUCUUUGAGGACUUGCGAUGCUUCCACUUCCUCUUCCCUGCUGAAGAGAAGAAGGAGCCUGGCUCCACAAACUCUGAGGACUACUAUGAUGAGGAGGAGCAAGAAUCCUUCAAAUCUAACCCUGUCCUGACUGCUCUCGCUGAAGGCCGAGUGCCUGAUGUGAAGCCCAACUAUGAGUACUUUUCGCAACUGCUUGCUCUUCAGUCUCUUAUCUCAGUCCGCCCCAAGACAGCAGAGAUUUAUGUCUCAUCUUCUGAGGUCAAGUUCAAGGAUGAGAUCGCGUAUGACGCCCAGGACAACGCUCUGGACACUGAGUCCUUCCCGCACCUGAACAAGUACAACAACUGUGAUGACAGCCCCAGUGUACUCGGAAAGGAUGUAUUGCUUCAUGAGUACACCCGCUCUUUGGAUCGAACCACUUCUGCCUGUGUCAAAACGGUAACUCGCCGAUGGCAGAAGGAUGCACCCGAGAUCUACGAGACUCUAGAUCUCCCAACUCGAGAUGAGGAGUGCUUACUUCUCGAGAUGUGCGCUACUCUUGAGUUGCAUGAGCAUGCUCGUUUCCCUUCAGGUUCUGAGCUCACUGGUUUUGUCGAGGUUGCCAUCACAAACCCCAACCUCCAGAACCACCGAUGGAAGUGUGUUACACGCCUCACUCGCCCAUCUGAGCUUUACGGUGAUGACAAGAAGCAGGGUGUUUACACCAAUGAGACCGGCAUUCACCGCCGGGGCUGCAGCGACUCCAAGGCUGACUGCGACUGUCACUCGCGCCCUCGUCAGGAUAUCCAUGUUCCCUUCCCCGCCGUUGAGUGGGCUAGCAUUCUCAGCAUGGCUGUUCAGUAUCCUGAUGUUGAGCACCAGCGCAAGAAGGACAAGCGCACCAAGGGAGACGACCGCAAGAAGCACGACCUCGACCGCUCUGGCAGCAAGCGCAAGCGAUCCGAGGACGACGGCGAUGCCGCUUCUUGGGCUCGCCGUGACCUGACUGGAAGCGACCUCAUCUGCAAGGUUGCCAUGUACCAAGAACUUUGGUCGUGUGCUCCCGACUCCAACCGAUGGGUUCGCCAGGGCAUCGUCUUUUGGCGAUUCAACACAACCAACCAAUGGUACAAGUACAACCCGGUAUUCAAGCCGGCUGGUACUUCGUGGCGCUGGUUGACAGUUAACGACCCUAUGUCCCGCUACCACCAACAAAAGGCCCUCGUUUAUCCUUCCACCUCUAUGUCACGAGAUGCCAUCAUGUCGCCCACACCUUCAAUCAACCAGCACAUGACAGCAGCGAUGAAUGAGACUUUUAGCUCUGCAUGGGAUCCUAGCGUGAGCCUGGCUCAGGUACCAAAUGUACCCGCGACAAACAAUGGUGGAAUUACACUGUUCGAGUCCUUUUCUGGAGGUCUCGCUACACCUCCACCAACAGCGGGCUUACAACCGUCGUACCCGACCAGCUUUGACCAUGGUUUGCCUCCAAGCACAGGCGUUGGUUUCAUGCCCGCAACAUGCAGCACAGCAAAUGAUAGCCAUCCGGUUGCUGGACACGGACACGGACACGGACACGGACAUGGACACGGACACAGCCAGACGGCGGGAUACUACGAUGCGCAAACAACACUGGCAGAUCUCAAACCUGUCAUCUCCACUGCGAACCCUUUCCAGAGCCCAACAACCACAUCAGGAUUGGAUCUGUCAAGUUCACUUGGUUAUGAUAACCCAGAUAGCCUUCAAGGCUGGGACAUGCCGGCGUUGGACGGAUGGUCUGCCAGCACUGGCGGACCAGAAUGGGGUUCACACCACAAGCCCGAAGCCAGCAGUGACCAGACAUCUCUAUGGACACAAUCACAGUGGGCUAUGGCUGGAGCUGAUCGUGAUGGCAGCCCCAGGCCAAUGAAGCGAAGACGAGGAGAUGCUAUUGAUAGCCAUGUGCCAGUCACAAUGGCAGCAGCAGGAGGAUGGUGA